UUUCCCGAAGUGGCUAACCACAAAGCUAACUCUUUCACCGGAAUAUGAACAUCGCACAUCUGAGGAAAAUAUAUGUAUUUGGUAUAAAGGCUGUCUAAAAACAGCUGAGUUUUAGGUGUGACAAUUCUGUCGUUAAUGCUAAACUUUUGACAAACUAAACGUUUUCCUAAUUUAACGUCUCAAGCACAACCAGAAUCGGGAUUAGCUAGCUUGCUAGCUUGCUAGCUACACAACGACUGUGAUAAGAGAAGAAAGCUAUGGAGGAACCGGCGACUAUAGAAGUCACUGUGAAGACUCUGGACUCCCAGAGCAGAAGUUACAAAGUGAGAGGAGAGCUGACUGUGAGGGAGUUUAAAGAGCACAUUGCUGCCUCAGUGGAAAUCCCAGUGGACAAGCAACGGCUCAUCUACCAGGGCCGUGUACUACAGGACGAAAGGACUUUGACUGAGUACAAUGUGGACGGUAAGGUCAUUCAUCUGGUGGAACGCGCCCCGCCACAGACCACUCAGUCCGGCGGAGGCGGCGGGGGCGUGCCGGGGUCUUCUGGGAGCGCCGAGGGCGGCCCUACCCCGUCUCACUCCGCCUCCUCCACCUCCACCUCCCAGGGCGGCCCGCACGACCGCAACGGCAACAGCUACGUCAUGCUGGGCACCUUCAACCUGCCAGUCAACAUCAUGGACCCCCAGCAGAUCCAGAUGCAGGUUCAGCAGAUGAUGUCAGGAGUUGGAGAGGCAGGUCGCGCCACCCGCGUCAGCACCAGCACCGGGAGUAAUGGUUCGGUGGACCUGCACAUCAACCUGGACCAAUCAGUGCAGAGUGAGCCCCGACUCCGGCUGCAGUUGGCUGAGAACCUGCUGAGAGACAUCCAGGCAGUGAUCCACAGACUAGAGGGUCAGCAACCAGAGGCAGCUGCCAAUCAGGCCCCAGCACCUGAGGCGUCAGCCAGUCAGCCCUCUGCCCCGCCUCCGUCCUCUUCUCCCGCUGCUCAGCCAAUGGACACGUCUCCUCCCGCCCCCCCGGCCAGCACAGACUCCGCCUCAGCCUCCGCUUCUGCAACCACCACCACCUCCUCCUCCUCUUCCUCCUCCACCUCCUCCUCCUCCUCCACCACCACCACCACUCAGACAGAGAGCACCGCCCCAUCUGGGCCCAAUCACCCCAGCCCCGCUGAGCUGGUGGAGGUGCUGUCCGAGGUCAGGAGGCUGGAGGAGCGCCUUCGGCCCUUCAUGGAGAGAACUCACUCCAUCCUGGGGGCCGCCACCUCCGCUGACUACAACAACAACACACAGGAGCGCGAGGAGGACCAACGCACACUGAACCUCGUGGGGGAGUCCCUGCGUUUGCUCGGCAACACGCUGGUCAACCUGAGCGACCUGCGAUGCAACCUGUCCGCUCAGCCCCCCCGCCAUCUUCACGUGGUGCGGCCCAUUUCCCACUACACCUCCCCUGUCCUGCUGCAGGGUGGCGUGCCCCACAUCCCCAUUCCGCAGAUGAAUCUUGGAACCACUGUUACAAUGACGUCCAAUGGGAGACAUGCCACUGAGGGGCAACCCCAAUCCACUCAGCCUACCGGCCAAUCAGACCAGCAGAACCAAGGUCAGGCCCCUCCCCCACAGCCCAAUGCCACCAAUCAGCAGGGCCAGCCUCAGGCUGGGCCACGGGUCAUCAGGAUCACUCACCAAACCAUGGAGCCAGUGGUCAUGAUGCAGAUGAAUAUGGACGAUUCAGGCGCUGGGCCACAGGUGGCAGGACAGCCCAACGUCUCCGCUGCUGGACACCCAGGCGGCACCCCUCCCCUCCACAUCCCAGGCCUCCCCCCUGAGUUCAUGCAGGCCAUCGUGCACCAGAUCUCCCAGCAGGCCGCAGCCAUGGCCGCCGCCUCCUCCGCGGGACACCCGGGUCAUCAGCCGGCGCCGGCGGGCGGGGAGGUCCCCGUGCCCCCGCCCCACCCCCACCCCCACCCACACCCCCACCCCCACCCCCACGCCCGCGUGGUCAUCACGCGGCCGUCCUUCUCCCCGCGCAUCCCGCAGCCCGUCACCAGGACCGCCACCAUCAACCUGAGGCCAGGAGUGCCCAUGCCCAGCGCCCCCACACCGGGGCAGCAGCCUGGACAGGGUGUUCCUGGAGCCCCCUCUCCUCUCAGCCAGAUGGUGUCUGGGCUGGUGGGGCAGCUGCUCAUGCCGGUCCACACAGGCGACCAAACAUCCACCUCCUCCUCCUCUCAUUCUCAUUCCUUCUCCUACUCCACCUCCUCCUCCUCUUCCUCCUCAGCCUCCUCCACCUCCUCCUCCUUCUCCUCCGGUGCCGCUCCUCCUCCCACCCCCUCCACCCAGACCAGCGGAACCGCAGAGGGCCGGCCCCAGCCGCCGGAGGGGGCCGGUCAGCCCCAGGAAGGGGGGGCCGUGGAUGGGAAUCUGGCCCAGCUAUUGGGCUCUCUGCUGGGGGGUGUUGCUGCAGCCGGAGGCACAGGGCCAGGAGGAGCCUCACCCUCCAUCACGGUCACUGUACCUGGAGUCCCUGCAUUCCUGCAGGGCAUGUCUGAAUUCAUGCAGGCCAGCCAGCCGGUCUUCCCUCCUCCUGGACAGCAGGUUCCCCCGGGCUCCGCGCCUCCCCCUCCCACCGCUCCCCCCACCUCCCAGCCCUCGGCCCCGCCGCCUCCCCCCGGCUCUGCGGCGCCCCCCGGAGGCGAGACGCUGAGCCCGGAGCUGUUCACGGGCAUCGUGCAGGGCGUGCUGUCCACGCUGCUGGGCUCGCUGGGGGCCGGAGGGGGCAGCAGCGAGAGCAUCGCCCAGUUCAUCCAGCGCCUCUCCCAGACCAGCAACCUCUUCACGCCCGGCUCUGGAGACGCCGUCGGGUUCUUUGGCGACCUGCUGUCCCUGGUGUGUCAGAGCUUCUCCAUGGUGGACAUGGUGCUCCUGUUGCACGGCAACCCGCAGCCCCUGAGCCGCAUCCAGCCGCAGCUCAGCGCCUUCUUCAGAGAGCACUACCUGCAGGGCCGCGAGCCCACCGACGCCAACAUCAACUCUGCAGCUGAGGAACUCAUCAAUGGACUAGAGGAAUACAUCGCCGAGAGCUUUGCUACGGUGACGGUGCGUGAGGGAGUGGACAUUGUCCAAACCAACUUGUCCUUCUUGCGCCAGCAGUUUACGCGCAUGGCUACACACAUCUUGCGCUGCACAGAUCACACCUUUGGCCCCCGGCUCCUGUACAUGUGCACCCAGGGCCUGUUUGAGUGCUUGGCCCUGAACCUGUACUGUCUCCGGGGAGACAGGGGGGCCCUCACGGCUGUCAUCAACCACCGCAUUAGGAGGAUGUCAGCAGAGGUGAACCCCAGCCUGGUGAACUGGCUGACCAGCAUGAUGUCCAUGAGGCUGCACGUGAUCCUGGAGCACAACCCUGUCCAGGAGGCCGACAUCAUCCACUAUGUCAUACACACCCAGAGUGAAGCAGCUCAGAGGGUGGAUUCAGAUGCCCAGGCAGAGCAGCAGGCGGACAUUCAGAAUGUAGAGAUGGAGGAGACCAUGUCCCCGGCUCCUGCCACCACUGCAGAGGAGGCCAUGAUGACCUCCGCAGACGCCGCAGAGGGCACAGGGUCACGCCGCGCGUCGUCGGGCGAGGCCAGAGGGACCGUUCCCAUGGCAGCAGGCGGGCGUGAAGAGACCGGGGCCGAGGUGGAGCCGUGGGCAGCAGCGGUCCCACCGGAAUGGGUGCCUAUCAUCAGACAUGACAUUUUGUCCCAGAGGAAGAUGAAGGCACAGCCUCCUUUGUCAGAUGCCUACCUUCAUGGCAUGCCAGCCAAGAGAAGGAAGACGGCCCAGGGGGACGGGCCUCAUGUCACUCUGUCUGAGGCCGUGAGCCGGGCUGCCCGGGCUGCAGGCGUGCGGCCUGCCACCACUCCAGAGAGCCUGCAGGGGGAGCUAGAGGCUCCAGAGCUGCAGCAAGCCUACAGUGAACAGGUGAAGAGUGAUGUGAAGAAGCGUCUGAAUGAUGAUCCAGACUACAACUCCCAGCGCUUCCCCAACACACACCGGGCUUUCUCUGAGGACUCCUAAUCUCAUUGGCCGCUUUACCCCGUCAGUCUUAUCUUUCCAUCCAGUCAUGUGUAACUACCGAGCAGGUAGACGUCCGGGAGAGACGGAGAAGAGGAGCUUCUGGUUGGACAGUGAGGCUUCAUCUUCCAAAGCCCAUUUAAUCAGCUCCCUUGAGACGGGCUGCGUUCAUUGGUCAAGUUCGUUCUCCUCAUACAUUUACCGCUGCCGUCAGGUCCAUCAGCCACACGCAGGCACGCAUCCGUUACCGUAGUAACGCCUUCACCUGUGGACGACCCACCACCUUGCAACAGUCUUCUGUGAACAACAUCUUGCUUAGCAACACGCGCUCUCCGCUGUGGACGACACCUGACUUACCACCACUCGCGCAGUCCUCCCGCUAGACAACACCCUGCUCACUCUGAGGCUUGCUUGUUGAUUUACUAAAUUGUAAUGUUAAGUUGUACAUUGUUGUAAUAAGUUAUUGAGGUGUUGAUAAAUUAAUGGGGGGAGGGGGUAAUGAGGUAGGGUUGUUAAGAAGUUAACAGGGGCUAAUUAAUGACAAUGAUGGCAUGUAUAUGACCAUGCUUGAUAUUUCGGGCUGGAACAGUUUCUGAUUCGUUCAUUUUAGUCAUCUGGUCACAGGGAUGUGGUGUCCCUGCUUCUGUCGAAUGUGUCAUGUGGCGGGCCUGUGACUUUUAAGAGUAACAAGUUAACUGUUUGUGUGAGGUGUCUUCCCGCUGGUUGUUUUAGGAGUGAAAAUCAGAACAACCCUCUGAACACGUUUUAACUGUUAAAGAAUAAAGUAUCCACCAUGAUUAGUUUGGACGAAUACUCUGCUUCUCUCUUUGUCUGAAUGCUAUAGUCACACCCACCAUGCCCUUUACAAAGCUGUGUUUUGAUUAUCUGCAAAAUAAAGAAAUGUAAAUCCUU